UGACGGUUAGUGCACAGUAGUCCUGGUGGAAACCAUGUCGGGCUAUGCAAAGCCACGCAGCAUGCCGGGACCACCUCUGCCCUUGCAGGAGGUCUUGACACAGAGAAUACCUGAGGCACCAAUGCUUCCGGAAGCUUCUCCUCUAGGUGGCCUGGCUUGUCCUCUUGGGCCCGGUGCGUCACCGACCCUCACCACACCUCAGUGCAAUGGCUCCAACAUUUCCCCCAAAGGCUUUGGCGAUACCACGCCCUUCUCAGCGGCUUCCAACAAGCUCGGAGCUUUAGGCGAUAUGAACGAGUGGGCCUGGGAGAUGGGCAGUCAGUGCAGUGUGCCAUCGGCAUGGUCAAAGCCCAGCACAGUUCACAGCAGUGUGAGCAAACUUAGCAAUGCCACAGGCGAUGGGUUGAUUCCUGGUUUAGUUGAUGGACAGCGACUCUCGUCCGUGAAGCCACCUGCGGUUCCCACCUCAGGAGGAAAAGUGGUGGUCAGCCUGCGCAAAGAGGUGCCACAAGGCUUCUGGGACAGAUUGGCCAUUUUUCUAGUGAAUGGCCCGGUACAAAAAAGAUUGACGCCAACUGGCGUUAAAAGAGGUAAGAAACUCUGCGUAGAAGUGCCAUUUGGUAUGGAACCGGGGGACUACGAUGUUCGCCUUGCUUUUGGUGAGAAGAUCAUUCACGGUGCAAUACCUUUGGCUGUCAGAGAUGGAGAUGGUGAGGAAGAGGACGACCUUACUGACUAGUCAGUGCGGCGACUUUUGGAGUCUUCUUCGAAACAGGAAAGGGGUCUUGGACUGAGCUUAGGAGGCGUGUGCGGGCCUGUGGUUACGCC